AAUCAUCUAGUUCUAUGAAUUUGGAAGCACCUAGUGCUACGAAUCUGAAGUCGUCUGGUCUUAUGAAUUUGGAGUUGCCUGGUUCUACGAAUUUGGAGUUGCCUGGUUCUACGAAUUUGGAGUUGCCUGGUUCUAUGAAUUUGGAGUUGCCUGGUUCUACGAAUUUGGAGUUGCCUGGUUCUACGAAUUUGGAGUUGUCUGGUUCUAUGAAUUUGGAGUUAUCUGGUUCUACGAAUUCUGGGAGAAUUGGGUUAACUAAUAAUUUGACUAACCCUGAAAGUUCUGG